CUUAUGUUUCCUUGCGCAGGUAUUAUAUUAAUCUUUAGAUCGUUUCGCCCUAAGCUAAAAAAUGCCUCAGGUUCAAAGUGCAAAUGGAGUAUCCAGCCACAAAUCUAAGAUGUUAUUCCUGCUUAUAUUAUCCUGCUGUAUAUUGGCUACAGCUGGGAGAAGACGACGAAUUUUGCUAAAAUGCAUCCCAAAGUUAUGUCGGAAAUGUGACGGUUAUGUUCAUUCAAGAUGGCGGCGAAGUCUCCCUGAUAACGUCAGUGGUUAUGACAUGAGCGACGUCAUCGGUAACACAGGUAUUUCUGCAACAAACGAGGCUUUUGACAUUUUCGGUACCAAGAAAAACGAUCAGAAAAUUCUUCCUGGCGAAAUCGAGGAAGUGUUCACUUCUGCUCUUCGUUGGCAACCUGGGGAAACCCCUGAUGACGUAGACGACGACAUAGAAGACACUAACAUGGACCACCCACUGAAAUCUGUACACGUAGUGAAGAGGUCUACUAUAUACCUACCCCAUUUACGCCGAUGCCGAAUCCGUCUGCGUACACGAUGCUGUAGAAUGUACGUCAAUCCCUCGUACAUAGGGUUCCGGUUAUAAAAUGAGAAAAACUACUGACUUGUAUUGCUGUCCACUUAUUUCUCAACACUUUUGACCCACGAGGCAGGUUCCUUUACUAAAACAUUACACCAGGUUCAAAUACUACGCUUGCCGGGCUUAGUUAUCCCAUAACAGUGACUUCUUCGUUUAAUUGACAGCCAGCGUGUGUUACAAGCACGUGUUUACUGUGCCAACGUUUUGGCUUUACCAAUGGACCAUAAAUUUGUGGGAAAAUUUAGUUUUUACGGAAUUGGGGAACCUCUUUCUUCUGGGCGGCGUAACAUUGAUAAAACUUCAGCAUAUGUACAGCUUCAUUACGUUUUUAUCGGGCUUCGUUUUACCGAUUUUAUACGAUUGUUAUUAUUCAAAAGACCUUUAACCCAAGAGUUUACCCUCAUAAAAAGACUUUGACCAAUAAGCCUACAUCCCAGGUCUCAGGUGUACCUCACUGAAGACCUCACCCUCAUAGAAUAUAAUAGACUGGGACCAAUAAGCCUACAUCCCAGAUCUCAUGUGUGUCGCACUAAAGACUUCACCCUUCUAAAACAGAAUAUAUGUAUCUUUGGUAAAGUGUUCAGCUGUAAAAUACGUUCGCCCGUGCAUUUAUUCCCCGUCUUGACUCCAACCGCUUUUUGCUUCUUCUUUACCAAUUGUGUUUUUAUCAUAAACACAAAAAUUGUAGAUAAACCGUUCUUUCAUGCUAUCUAAGAUUCGGAAGUGUUCUGAAUCAUUAUAUACACCGAUAUGUCGUGUUUAACUGGGUAUAGAUAUUGUACUUAUGGUUUAAAAAUUAAGUUACACUCUUGGAAAA